GCCAGGACACUAAACUUGCUCUCUCCAUAUAUUGCACCUCUUUCCAUGAAGUGAUCCUAUGUUAUUUUGGGCUUUUGGAGUGUUUGUUAUUAGAAGGGAUAGAAGUAGAGGGAGUGUGGUCAUUUUUAAGCAACUGGGGAAGUGUCACAACAGUUAACACAGCUUUGAAUUGGAGUCCACUUGUUGUGGAAAACUAGAUCAGGUGGUUGUCUCGUCAAUUGUGCCGUGUGUGGCAGCAAGCUGGUUGGACACAGCAGAGGCUGUCCUCUUCUUCAGGGUCGGUCUCUGUAGCUCAGUGUUGCAGACUUUUGAUGUACAGUAGUUUGACUCACAUCAAACCUCAGACAAAGACCAGCGAUGGGAGUACCGAACUCCAGGGAAUACAACUACUAUCAUGCUCCAAAUACACCCUUUAAGAUUUUGCUGAAAAGACGUAAUGAGCCCCUCAAGAAGGAGCGUCCAAAAUGGAAGAGUGACUACCCGAUGACAGAGGGCCAGCUGAGGAGCAAGAGGGAUGAGUUUUGGGAUACGGCUCCAGCCUUUGAUGGACGGAAAGAGAUCUGGGACGCACUCAGAGCAGCAGCCCUGGCUGCAGAGUGUAAUGACCUGGAGCUAGCACAGGCUAUAGUGGAUGGAGCCUGCAUUACUCUGCCACAUGGCUCUCUGACAGAGAGUUAUGAUGAACUGGGAAACCGCUACCAGCUCCCAGCGUACACUUUAGCCCCGCCUGUCAACCUGAUCUCUGAAACGUCCAGCGAGUGCAAAGUUUCUGAAUCCACACAAAAACAAGCUCAGCCCCCUCCAUGUAGACAAGAGUUCCAGCUGCGGGUGCGAUUGUCAACAGGAAAGGAUGUGCGUCUGACAGCCAGCAUGGCUGACUCCAUCGCUGAGCUAAAGAAACAAUUGGAGGAACAGGAAGAAAUUGACGUGAAUCGCCAGAGGUGGUUCUUUUCUGGGAAGCUCCUGACUGACAAGACUCGUCUGCAAGAUACCAAGAUCCAGAAGGACUUUGUUGUCCAAGUGAUUGUCAAUGUGAACCCUUCAGUCAUAACUAACUGAGGAGCGAGACAGAAGGGCUAUGAAGUGAAGGAAAGACAAAGGAUGUGCCAGAGGGGGCCGCAGGAAUAGGAGUAGGGCUUGUAAUCAUUUUCCAGUUGGUACUGCAGUGGAAUUUUGUGUACAUUUUUAUAUAAGAAAUUAUUGCUUUUAUAUUGCUCCUUUUUGUAUUUUUCCUUUUUCCAAAUGAAGUAAGAAUAUUGAAAAGCACUGAAACACUUUAGAUUAAAAGUAGAGUCCUGAGAUGCACAUCCCAGUGUCUGUCUUACCGUCUGUUUGCGUGGACAUUAACUCACAGUUCUGUUGUUUACAUGGGUUCCCCUCCUUGUCAUGUGUGUUUGUACUUGUGCUUAUUGGUAAACUUAAUAUGGUUCACCUGGGGAUCCAAAUAAGGAAAAUCCAUCUUAUUUUCUUUCUUCCCUUUCUUUCUUUAAAGAUUUCUGUCAUGCUAUAUGAGAAGUGGGCUACAAGAGACAGAAAACUCUAGAGAAAAAGAAAAAUGUAAAUAUCAGUUUCCAUGUGUGUUGUUUGGUUAUGUAACUAUGUGCACACUACAUUUUCAAUUUGCAACUGUUUAUUCAUAAUGAAGACACAGAAUGUAAUGAAGGCACCUUUGUAAAAGGUAAUACGAGUUGACCUGUUUUGUUUUUUAUUUCAUCACUCCAAACAAGAUACAGUAGUUUUAUGUGUGAUGCACACUGUACUUCAAUAACUUAUCAAUAAAUA